CGUAAAAUGUGACGAAUGUGCAUUGGGAAAAGAGAAGGUAUGGCAGCUCGUCUGUGUGUAGAAUCUGCGGUUCCGUAGCGGCUUCUACUUGUUCUUCCCAAUCCAAAAGGCAGAGAGGGAACUGGUUGUGUUUGUGCUUGCACGGUGUAACCAGCUUGUGAGCUGCCGCACAACUGGCGCUUUGUGUAUGUACAGUGCCUCCCUACCCAAGUCCCUGUUGUUCUUUGAAGAGAAUAACUCGCAAGCCAUCUCCUGAGUAUUUAGUCAUUAUCAUCAUCCUGUAGUCAGAAUAUUUUAUGUCUCAAGAAUGGAAUCCUGCACCGAGGAUUUGCCACUAAUGGCCAACACGAACCAUGUUCUUGUAAAGCAUUAUGGACUGGAUCUUGACGUAUGUUUUGAUACUCAAACUAUCCGGGGCAGCAUAGUUUUAUUCCUGGAACCUAACACCAGAAAUAAGGAUGGAAGCCCAGUUGUGGAAGACUGCCAAUCACAGCUGUCAGAACACAGUGGUAAUGAUCAGACACAUGGCAUUAACCAGACUUGUGCGGUACCUGUAAGAACCUGCUCAUCAAACUCUGGAAACAAAGACUCUGCUGACUGUGAUAUAGGUGAAAGAGAUACUUCGCCGAAGUGUGAUCACCAUGGCAACAGGAAGCAGGCUUCUGGGAUUACUAGUUCAGAGAACUGCUGUGACAGAGGGAAUCAUGGGAGUGAGGAUUUUGUUCUGGUGUUGGACUGCUGUGAUUUAUCUGUGUUAAAGGUCGAAGAGGUGGAUGUCACUGCUGUGUUAGGUACUGAAAAAUGUAUGAGCUCUUCUCAGACAAUUGAUAAUUCUAAAGAGCAUUUAAGUCUCAGUGCUUGCAUUCUGUCUGAAAUUGAAGCUUUGCCUGAAAGCCAAUGGAAAGAGCAGCUAUUUAAUUAUACUAAGUGUAGCAGGGCACCUGGAUGUGGAGAUCUUAUGUUCAUCAUGGACAAAUGGAGCCUGCGAAUCAGCAAAGCAGGAAUAAAGAUGCCCACCAACUUCCCCUCUGCGAUAAGGAUAUGGUACCAAACAACAACAAAUGGGAGUUCAGUGAAGUGGACCAAAGACCAAAGUGGAAGGCACUGUGUAUACACCAUUGGAUCUCCUAUUAACAACAGGGCACUCUUUCCAUGUCAAGAGCCACCUGUUGCAAUGUCCACUUGGCAUGCAACUAUUCAAGCUGCCUGCGAAUUUGUAGUUUUAAUGAGUGGUGAAAAUUGUGCUACUCCCUAUUCAUCCUGCGAAGGAUUCUUCAGCUGGUUCUACUAUGUGACAAUGCCAAUGCCAGCGUCAACAUUUACCAUUGCAGUUGGAUGUUGGGAAGAAAUAAAAGAAAACUCCAGUUGUAAUAUUAAAACAUCAGAUUUAUCUACACCACUGUACAUCAAUAAUGGAAGCAGGCUAAAAGAACAGAAAUGCAAGCACAUGGAGUAUCCCUGUCGAUUCAGUCUUCCUGAAGCUUGUGCACAGGCUAUUAUUCCUCACCGAGUAUUCGCUUCACAUGUGUUAUUCAAGCAAUGCUCAGAGGUCCUGCUUCCCCUUGUCUCUCCAUGCCUGGAGGCAGCACAUGCGGUCCUUGGAACACAUCCAUUCCCUAGACUUGAUAUCCUAGUGGUCCCAAGCAACUUUUCCAGUCUAGGAAUGGCAAGCCCACACAUCAUCUACCUAUCUCAAAGUGUUCUGUAUGGAAGCAAUCAUCUCUGCGCCACGCGGCUUUGCCAUGAAAUUGCACACGCCUGGUUUGGGUUGGUAAUAGGUGCACGGGAUUGGACAGAAGAAUGGAUAAGUGAAGGUUUUGCUACUCAUUUGGAAGAUGUGUUUUUGGCAAAUGUUCAGAAGCUCCCACAGGAAGAAGCAAGAGAUCAACAGAAACUAAAAGCUUUGCUACGUUGGCGUCGCCUUACUGAUGAGCUGAAGGACUCCCAGGAAGAACUGCAGAUAUUAAGGCCACAUGGUGAGAAUACAGGGAAAGUGAAUGAAUCUGGAGCAUCAGUGGUGAGACACGGCCUCAAUGCUGAAAAAACCUUCAUGCAAGUUCAUUAUUUAAAGGGCUAUUUUCUCCUUCGUUCACUUGCUAAUACAACUGGUCAAGAUGCAUACUUUGCCUUUUUGAGACAAUUUGUGAAUACAUGUCAUGGGCAGUUAAUACUUUCAAAGGAUUUUCUUCAUAUGCUAUUUGAAAGUGUUCCGGAACUUAACAGGCAACAUCUGUGUGUUCAAGCAAUCUAUGAAAUCUGGCUUGACACUCCUGGCAUACCACAGCCCUUGCUGGGGGAAAGCCGGACUUGGAAAGGAUGCCGACUAGUUCAGCAAGUGAAUGAAGAGGUCUUAAAGUGGAUCCGAUUCGACCAAAGAAACAAAAAAUGCAGCAGGAGGAAAAGGCCACACACUGAAGAGUUUGAUGAAAAGGGAAGUCAAGCCAGAGAGUGGACGUACACACUUUUAAAAACCCUCCCACUAGGAAGUGGCUCCAAAAGGCACUCCAUGGAGAUAGUGAUAAACACACAUACAGUGAGAAGAACCCAGCAGGCAGUGCAAAGCUCAGUCAAAAUUAAAACAAAAAAUAAUAUACUGUACAUAUAUAAUGUACAAAAUAGUUGCAACUAGUGAUUACUAGGAAAAAAUAUCAAAAGAAAAAUAGAGUACAUAUUUUUAAUUAUGGUAAUUUUUGUUUUAGAAAACAGUGUAACUCACACCGUUCUAAUAGACAUUUAAUAGACAUUCUUUUAUUUUGUCAUUAGUGCUUUGUCUUCCUCUGCCUUUUGAAGGUUUCACUUACUGAAUUCGCAGUUUCAGCUUUGCCCAAGUUUCCAAUCGCCUCAGGUGGCUACAGCCUUCUUCCCAACCUCCCUGAGCCCUCCAUUAGUAUUAUUUAUACUUUGCAUUGAGUUAAAAGACUAGAAGCUUUCUGUCAUUGAGGUUUAAUAAACACCAGGCAUCACAACAGCAAAAACCUCCUGUUGCUCAUAGCAUGUACAGUGAGAUAUUAGCAUAGUUACUGAGAUAAUGUAUAUAUAAAGGCCCUUACAAUUGCUUAUGUCCCUCUGCUAAGCAGUUCAUAGUAAAGACAGAAGUAACACUAAAGUGUUACAUGGUGAUGCCUAGCAUCCAGGGGGCAAGGGCACCACUGUGGAUAAAUAAAGAGCAGGUGAUUUCUAUUGCAAAGCAGCCCUAGUUUAUCAGGGGCUGCUUUUUAAACACUGUAGGUGACAAGUGUCAUGCUGAGGAAAGGGGUGUGAUAUUAAGGUUAAAUUGAGAGUUGCUAGUCAGAACAUAGCCUGCUUUCUGGCAGACACAGAACAAUUUACACAAGAGGGAAUAGACAAGGGGAUAGUGCUGGUUCAUUGGAUUUAGUCAGUAGAACUAAAAUAAACAUCUUCCAUGGCAAUUUGUCCCUGGCAACCCUACCUAUAAGGCCAGCUGAAGUCACUGCAUUGCAAGAACAGGAGGUGUGAAUAAGCAAGUGGGUGCUGAGAAAGCUAGGUUGUGGGGAGCCCAGGUGCAGGAUUUGCCUUCUGGUUCCCUAUUUUCUGCAAUUGCACCACUUCCUUUUCCCAAACCAUCAAUGUAGGUUAUGUUGUUUUUGCCUGGUUUCAAACCCUAUCCUUGCUCGGAGUGUAGCAGAUUCAGUGGCUUUUCUUUUGCAGGUUGGUUAAUUCAGUUAUUGUUUUGAGGGCUUUUUUUAUUAGGGAUAUCCACACAAAAGCAUUUUUUCAACCUGUUUUAGGGUUACACUUGUACAUUAUGCCUAUAGUAACUUUAUCAGAGGUUUCCAAUCAAGCCUAACCAGACUAGAAGUACAAUGAUCAAACAUUA